AUGGGGCAUGGAAAUGAACAUGGCCACGGCCACGGCAAAAUUGAACUCCCUGACUACAGACAAUGGAAGAUAGAGGGUACUCCACUAGAGAAGGUCCAGGAAAGGCUAGCUAAACGGGGUCUUAGGGAUCCGUGGGCUCGUAAUGAAGCCUGGAGGUAUAUGGGUGGCUAUGCGAAACCUGUCACCUUAACAGAAGUCUUUACUAGGGGCUUCAAGUGGGGAUUUGCAGCUUUUGUCGUAGCUCUUGGCAUUGAAUAUACAUUGUUUCCUCCAAAGAAGAAUGGAGGCCAUCACUGA